CCUUUCGUCCUUGCCUGCUUUAAAAGUCCCUAAUUCGGGUUUAGCCUCUCUUUCUCUUCCCUCUUCCAAAACCCCUCUCCAGCACAAAAACAAUGAGCCAUAACAAGGAUACCUUUGCCAUGGCUGAUCUCGAUGCAGCUUUGAAAGUUGAAGAUGAAGCUAACUUUACGAACUUUAUGACUCCCAAUGUCAUGAAGCGAGUCGAGGUUCUCAGGCAGAUUCAGAAUGAGCAUGAUAAAUUAGAGGCGAAGUUUUUUGAGGAAAAGGCUGCACUUCAAGCUAAAUAUCAAAAACUGUAUCAGCCCCUGUAUGCUAAGCGAUAUAAUAUCGUGAAUGGUAUUGUUGAAGUUGAAGGGAUUUCAAAAGAAACUUCCAAGGAACCAGAACCGGAUACUGAGAAGGGAGUGCCGAGUUUCUGGCUAAUGGCUUUGAGGAAUAAUGAAGUCCUAGUUGAAGUGAUUAGGGAGCAUGAUGAACUCGUUCUCCAGUAUCUUAAAGAUAUUAAGUGGUGCUCCAUAAACGAACCUAAAGGAUUCAAGCUUGAGUUUUUCUUUAAUCCAAAUUCUUAUUUUAAGAAUACUGUCUUAACAAAGACAUAUCACAUGAUUGAUGAAGAAGAACCAAUCCUUGAGAGCGCUAUCGGGACUGAGAUCGACUGGUAUCCUGGAAAAUCCUUGACUCAGAAGACCCUUAAUAUACUUAAGAAUGAAUCAAAAAAUACUAAGUCACUCACAAAAGCUGAAGAUGGUCAAAGUUUUUUCAACUUCUUCGACCCUCCACAAGUUCCGGAUGUUGAAGAGAUAGAUGAAGAAGCUUUUCUUGAACAGGCUGAAGAGCUCCAAGAUAUCCUUGAGCAGGACUAUGAUAUUGGCUUGAUUAUUCGAGACAAAAUUAUUCCUCAUGCUGUCUCCUGGUUUACUGGGGAGGCCAUGGAGGGUGAUGAAGAUAGUGAAGAGGAUGAGGAUGAUGGGAUAUAUGAAAUUGAAGAUUAUGUUAAAGAUUUUGACGAGGAAAAAACCGAACAUGAUGAUAAGAAUAAGCAAAGCGAAAGAGCUCAAGUUAAGGAAGGGCAGACAGCAGAGUGAAAAAAUGCAGCUCGUAAAUCGUCGUUUUGAUGUGUUGGGCAAAUGGUCGUUUGGCAAUUGAAAUAAAUGUUCAUUAGAGGAUAAAAGGGGUGCAGGGGGGGGUCUGCAGUUUUGGGUGGGUUGGUUUUUACAAUUUUUCAGAUGUUAUGUUAUGAAUAAUUUUGUCUGGGGGAUCCUUACCCCAUGUUGUCCUUUCGGUUUGGGAGAACAGAGUCUUAAGUUAGCAUGUAUCAGGGCAGGGGUUAUUUAUUUAUUUGAAUGUUAAAAAUUUCUUUAGUCCAUGUUGUAAUGUCUUGUUCUAUUCAGAUCCCCCCAAUGUUGUUGUUGUUGUUGUGUUGCCAAUCAAAUAAUAUCUCGUCGAUUCCUUUCCAGUUAUGCCUUCUAAUUUUAUCCCAAAAUUUUUUAUACUUUAUUUAUUUUUUUUGGAUAUUAAAGUAUUUGACUUUUA